AUGCCCACAAUUACUCUACCGCCGAAGGAGAAUGCUCUGUUCAAGAGAAUAUUGAGGUGUUACGAACACAAGCAGUACAGAAAUGGACUGAAGUUCUGCAAACAGAUCCGAAACCCAAAGUUUGCAGAACAUGGAGAAACACUGGCCAUGAAAGGUUUAACCCUCAACUGUUUAGGAAAGAAGGAAGAGGCGUAUGAGCUGGUGAGACGAGGACUGCGCAAUGAUCUCAAGAGCCACGUCUGCUGGCAUGUUUAUGGCCUACUGCAGCGCUCGGAUAAAAAGUACGACGAGGCCAUCAAGUGUUACCGAAAUGCUCUUAAGUGGGACAAGGACAACCUGCAGAUCCUCAGAGACCUGUCUCUAUUGCAGAUCCAGAUGAGAGACUUGGAGGGGUACAGGGAGACUCGCUACCAGCUGCUGCAGCUGCGUCCAGCCCAGCGCUCCUCCUGGAUCGGAUAUGCUGUGGCCUACCACCUGCUGGAGGACUUUGAAAUGGCUGCUAAGAUUGUUGAAGAGUUCCGCAAAACACAACAGACAUCUCCAGACAAGGUGGACUACGAGUAUAGUGAACUGUUGCUGUAUCAGAACCAGGUCCUGAGGGAGGCGGGUCUGCAUAAAGAAGCCCUUGAUCACCUCAAAAACUAUGAGAAACAGAUCUGUGACAAACUGGCUGUGGAGGAAACUAGAGGAGAACUGCUGCUGAAGCUGCAAAGACCUGAGGAGGCCUUAGAGGUCUACAGGAGACUCCAGGAGAGGAACCCUGAGAACUGGGCCUACUACCAGGGUCUGGAAAAGGCUUUAAAACCUGGCAGUGUAGAAGAGUGUCAGAACAUUUAUGAAGAGGCCUGGGUGAAGUUUCCUAAAGGACUGGUUCCUCGAAGGCUGCCUCUGAACUUUCUCACAGGGGAGAAGUUUCGUGACUGUCUAGACAGCUACCUGAGGAUGAACUUCAGUAAAGGCUGCCCCCCUGUCUUCACUACCCUCAAAUCUCUCUACACUGACAAAGAAAAGGUUUCAAUUGUUGAAGAACUGGUUGUUGGUUUUGAGAGGUCUUUAAAAAGCUGCCGGAUGUUUAGUGAGAAUGAUGAUGGGAAGGAGGAGCCCCCCACCACUCUGUUGUGGGUCCAGUAUUUCCUGGCACAGCACUUUGACUUCAUCGGCCAUCCCAGUGUCGCUCUGGACUACAUCAACACUGCCAUUGACAGCACACCCACGCUUAUCGAGCUUUUCCUCAUCAAGGCCAAGAUCUAUAAGCAUGCAGGCAACAUUAAGGAGGCAGCACGGUGGAUGGAUGAGGCCCAGGCCCUGGACACUGCCGACCGCUUCAUCAACUCUAAAUGUGCCAAGUACAUGCUGAAGGCCAGCCUCAUUAAAGAAGCCGAGGAGAUGUGCUCCAAGUUCACACGGGAGGGGACGUCAGCAGUGGAGAACCUCAAUGAGAUGCAGUGUAUGUGGUUCCAGACAGAGUGUGCCUUGGCCUACAAAGCCAUGAACAAGUUUGGAGAGGCUCUGAAGAAGUGCCAUGAGAUCGAGAGGCAUUUUGUUGAGAUCACAGAUGAUCAGUUUGACUUCCACACCUACUGUAUGAGGAAGAUGACGUUGCGCUCCUAUGUGGACCUGCUGAAGCUGGAGGAUGUCCUGCGACAGCACCCAUUUUAUUACAAAGCUGCUCGUACCGCCAUUCAGAUAUACCUGGACCUGCAUGACAAACCUCUGACAGAUGACAGCAAGGAGAGUCAGGCAGAUACCGAGAAUCUGACAGAUAAGGAAUUAAAGAAACUGCGUAACAAACAGAGACGAGCACAGAAAAAGGCACAGCUAGAGGAGGAGAAGAAGAAUGCAGAGAAGGAGAAGCAACUGAAGAACCAGAAGAAGAAGAAGGAGGACGAUGAUGAAGAGAUAGGUGGACCCAAGGAGGAGCUAAUACCAGACAAACUGGCCAAGCCUGAGAACCCUCUGGAGGAGGCUGUUAAGUUCCUGAUCCCUCUGAAGAACCUGGUGCGCAACAAGAUCGAGACCCACCUCCUGGCCUUUGAGAUCUACUUCAGGAAAGAGAAGUACCUGUUAAUGCUGCAGUCGAUAAAGAGGGCUGUGGCCAUAGAGCCUUCCAACCCCUGGCUGCACCAGUGUUUAGUUCGCUUUUUCAAAGGAGUCGGUGAGAGCGCUGACUUGGCAGUUGCGGUCCGGACAGUCUUGAGACAUGAGAUCUCCAGGCUUUUUGGGGAGAGUGACCCACAGAGCUUCAACAAGAACUACCUGAGCCAACACUCCUACUCCAUCCCACACCGACUGGCUGCUGCUAAGAUGAUGGUCUAUCUGGAACCUUCUUCAGAUAAGAUGGCCUGUGAGAUUGCUACGGCUCUGGAUGAGUCACUGUCUGAAAGAAGCAUCCAGAUCUGUACAGAGGUGCUGGAGGCUCUGCGUAACGGGCAGCUGGGUGCCGGUCAGCAGAAAGCUGCUGAAGCAUACCGAGCCACCUGCCACAAGAUCUACCCCUACAGCCUGGCCUUCAUGCCCCCUGGUUACCAAGACCACAGCACCAACAUCAGUGCCAACGGAGACCUGUCUGCAGGGGAGCACGACGACAUGGCCAACGAAAUGUGA